CAAAAUAAACAAAACAAAAAGCAAUAAAUGUCAAAAAGGCAAAACGUAUUAUACAAUUUUAUUUUUUGGUUGCAUUGAAUGUGUAAAUUGAGAGAAUAAGUUUAAUAUAUUAAUGUUUAUUAGACAUUUUGUAUCUCCCCUACGUCGCCAAUUAUCAACAAGGAAUUUCAUCUAUUCGUUUGAAAACUGUGUGAGAAAUAUGUCCAGUUCUGUUUCAUCCCCAGACGCGUUGUCAGGUAGUCCACUGAAGAAUUUGCCGAUCAUGAGGCUAGAAAACAUAGAGAAAAGUGAACAAGACAACAGAGAUUACAGGGGUUUGCAGUUGGAGAAUGGUCUCAAAGUGUUGCUUGUUAGUGAUCCAACAACGGAUGUCUCAGCUGCUGCAUUAGCUGUACAAGUGGGACACAUGUCGGACCCAGAAAGUUUGCCUGGGUUAGCCCACUUUUGCGAACACAUGCUGUUUCUAGGUACUGAAAAGUAUCCUAAUGAAAACGAUUACACAACGUAUCUGUCUCAAAGCGGGGGUUCGUCCAAUGCAGCCACAUAUCCUCUAAUGACUAAGUACCAUUUCUACGUAGCACCAGAUAAACUUGACGGGGCACUUGAUAGGUUUGCACAGUUUUUUAUAGCUCCGUUAUUUACACCAAGUGCGACCGAGCGCGAAAUCAAUGCGGUCAAUUCAGAACAUGAAAAGAAUUUGCCCAACGAUGAGUGGCGUAUUAAACAAGUACACAAGCAUUUAGCAAAGGAAGGACAUGCAUAUAAGAAGUUCGGAAGUGGAAGCAAAGCCACUCUGUGUGAGAUUCCGAAGCAGAAAAACAUAGAAGUAAGGGAUGAACUACUCAAAUUUCAUAAACAGUGGUAUUCGGCGAAUAUAAUGAGUUUGGCUGUUAUUGGAAAAGAUAACCUUGACGAGCUUGAACAAAUGGUGCUAAAGAAGUUCUCUGAAAUCGAAAAUAAAAAUGUGGAUGUGCCAACUUGGCCCAGGGAGCCUUAUGAUGAUAAUCAAUAUGGUCAACGAGUAUUGAUAGUACCUGUAAAGGACUUGCGUUCAUUAACUAUCAGCUUUACAACAGACGAUUUGACAAGGCUUUACAAAACCGCCCCAGAUAGUUACUUGACUCACUUGCUUGGCCACGAAGGCAAAGGGAGUAUAUUGUCGGAAUUGCGUAGAUUGGGUUGGUCCAAUGAUCUUCUUGCGGGCCAUCAGAACAUCCUACAUGGUUUUGGCUUUUUUGAAAUUCACAUUACACUUACAACGGAGGGGGCAAAUCACGUUGAUGAUAUAAUUAAUAUUGUUUUCCAAUAUUUGAAAAUGCUUCGAGAAAUUGGACCUCAGAAAUGGAUUUUUGACGAGUGUGCUAAAAUCAACAGCAUGCGUUUUAGAUUCAAAGAGAAGGAGAAACCUGAAAAGUUGGUCACAAACGUUGUGACUUGCAUGCAGGUUUAUCCAUUGGAAGAGGUUCUCACAGCCCCUUAUCUCAGUGAUGAAUGGAAGCCAGACCUAAUUACGAAAUUACUAGAUGAACUUGUCCCGUCGAAAUGUAGAGUAAUUGUUAUUGGACAGAGCUACGAAGACCAAGCAGUUUUAGCGGAACCCUAUUACCAAACAAAGUAUGCAACUCUCAAAAUAGAAAGCGAAACGAUAAAGAAAUGGGAGACAUGUGAGUUGAAUCCACAUUUAGCAUUGCCACAGCCAAAUGCUUUCAUUCCGGAAGAUUAUGAACUGGAACCUUUCGAUAAAGACCUGUCGAAACAUCCAAUCAUAAUAAUGGAUACGCCUAUUUUGCGUGUGUGGCACAAGCAGGAUAAUGUUUACCUCAAGCCGAAAGCAUGCAUGUCGUUUGACAUGUCAAAUCCCAUUGCUUAUCUGGAUCCCCUCAAUUGUAAUUUAAAUUAUCUUAUGGUGUCUCUUAUAAGGGACCAAUUAAAUGAAUAUCUCUACGACGCGGAGUUAGCCGACUUGAAAUUACAAGUGGGAAAUAAGUCUAAUGGAAUUGAAGUCACUAUUCGAGGUUACAACGAUAAACAGGUGGUGCUUUUAGAAUACCUUCUUAAGCAUUUAUUUGACUUCCAAGCAAAUGAGAAACGCUUCAAUAUCCUUAAAGAGGAAUACAAGCGGAAUUUGAAGAAUUUUAGUGCCGAGCAACCAUAUCAGCACUCAAUGUACUACUUAACCCUCUUGCUAACAGAAAACGUUUGGUCAAACUAUGAACUGCUGGACGCCGUUGAACUAGCAACAUAUGAGCGGGUCCUUACAUACGCCAAGGAAUUCUUUUCCCGCCUACACACCGAGUGUUUUAUUUAUGGCAACGUUGCAAAAAAAAAGGCCCUCGAAAUAGCAGGUUUGGUUAACAAACGUUUGGAAGAUACAAAUGCAAAGGUGUUGCCUUUGUUGGCUAGACAAAUGCUUCCCAAAAGAGAAUAUAAAUUGUGUCCAGGUGAUAGUUAUCUAUUUGAAAAGGACAAUCUGUACCAUAAGAGUUCUUGUACACAAAUAUAUCUACAAUGUGGUCCUCAAACUGACCGAAGCAACAACAUGGUGAAUCUUAUUUCGCAGAUAUUGACAGAACCAUGCUAUGAUUGCUUGCGAACUAAGGAACAAUUAGGUUACAUUGUUUUCAGCGGGCCAAGGCGAGUAAAUGGUGCAAACGGUAUCAGAAUUAUUGUCCAGUCUACGAAACACCCAACAUUUGUAGAAGAGCGUAUAGAGUCCUUUUUGGCAAACUUUAAGAAUGUAAUAGAAGAAAUGUCCGAUGAAGAGUUCGAGCGACAUAAGGAAGCAUUGGCUGUAAAGAAACUUGAAAAACCGAAAACCGUUUUUUCUCAAUUUGUACAGUUUUACUCUGAAAUUUCUUUGGCUCAAUACCAUUUUGAUAGGAAUGAAGCUGAAGUGGCAAUUCUGCGUAACAUCACGAAGGACGAAUUGCUACAAUGCUAUAACUCAUUCAUUGCUCCGGAUAGCGUGGACCGAAGAGUUCUUGCCGUUCACAUAGUGUCGACACAAACAACUCAAGACGAAGAAGUUGUUGAGCACAUAUUGAAACGUCAUGCUAAAAUUUCGGACGUUGUUGCAUUCAAAUCCAGCAAAGAACUAUUUCCACUGAUGUCUCCUUUUUUGAAUAUAAAAGCCAAAGGAGCCAGAAGCAAACUGUAAAUUAUUUACUCCUGCAAGAGAAGUGAUUUAUUAUAUAUUUCCAAUUGCUAUAUUCACAUUGAGGUCGUGGAAAAUUAAAA